AUGUUGGAACUCCGGGCCCUCACAGCAGACCUACCAUAUAUGGUGUUCCAUAAGGACAAGGAUGCGGCUUUGAAAAUUCUCACCAACACCAACACCAAGGAGCCCUGUGAACAUGGACACUUCUUAACACGUUGUGCUGUCCUACACUCGGCUGUCUGGCAGGGCCCCACAUUGUCCUCACCAGCAAGUGUGGAUAGUGCAGCAGGGACCCCGGUGAGCAAUACCCAUCCCAUGCCAGAACCUAGCACCCAGGAGGAGGCAGCGCCACGUGUGUACUUCCCAGAGACAUGGCUGUGGGACCUGGUGCCUGUGGGGAGAAGGGGCUCCAAGGACGUCCCAGUGUCAGUGCCCGACACCAUCACGGAGUGGAAAGCUGGGAUGUUCUGCACGGUGGAGGUGGGCUUUGGGCUCUCGCCCACAGCCACCUUCACGGCCUUCAAACCCUUCUUUGUGGAGCUGGCCUUGCUGUACUCCGUGAUCCGGGGAGAGGCCUUCGCCCUAAAGGCCACCGUCUUCAACUACCUGCGGCAGUGCAUCAAGGUGCGGAUGACGCUGGCAGAGUCUGCGCAGUUCCAGGUGCAGGCGGGCGAGGACGAUGCCUAUACCAGCUGCCUCUGUGCAGAUGAAGGGAAAACCUUCCAGUGGGAGGUGACGGCGAGCAACCUGGGGGAGGUGAACUUCACCAUCAGCACCGAGGCUCUGCACACCGAGGAGCUGUGCGGCAGUGAGCUGGCCAUGGUGCCAGCCCAGGGGCAAGUGGACACCAUGAUAAAGCCCCUGCUGGUCCAGCCGGGGGGGAUCCUGGAGGAGAAGGCGUACAGCUCCCUGCUCUGCCAGGAAGCCUCCGAAGAAAUCUCCUUGCAGCUGCCUGGGAACGUCCUGGCGGGGUCCGAGCAGGCCCACGUGACUGUCCUGGGAGACAUAAUGAGGAUGACUCUGCAGAACACAGACCGCCUGCUGGCCACGCCCAAAGGCGAUGGAGAGACGAACAUGGUCCAGUUCGCUCACAACACCUACAUCCAGCAGUACCUGGAGAAGAGCGGGCAGCUGAGCCUGGAAAUCAGAGACAAGGCCAAGGGAUUCCUCCAGAGCGGCUACCAGGACGAGCUGCUCUAUAAAAACAAUGACGGCUCUUACAGAGCCUCUGAGGAGAGUGAUGCCAGGGGCAACACCUGGCUGACGGCCUUCGUUCUCACGUCCUUUGGCCAGGCCAGGCCCUACAUCUCCAUCGACGAGAAGCACCUAGAGGACGCCCUAAGGUGGCUGCCGAGCCGCCAGCUGGAGAGCGGCUGCUUCUGCAGUGUGGCGAACCUGCAGGGCGGCAUGGUGGACGAGCUCUCUCUCUCGGCUUACAUCACAGCGGCACUGCUGGAACUGGGGCAGCCGCUCACGGACCGCAUGGUGACCAGAGCCCUCCAGUGCCUCUGGGAGUCGAGCACCAGCGACCUCUACACACAGGCGCUGCUGGCCUACGCCUUCGGGCUGGCGGGGAGCACUGAGCUGCGGGACGCUCUCCUGCAGCGCCUAGCCCAGCACAGCGUCAGUGCCGGUCGACAGCUGUACUGGCAGGGGAAGCCCAGCCCCUACAGGAACAAGGCCCCAUCGGCGGAGGCAAUGACAGCUUAUGUGCUCCUGGCCUAUCUCUCCCUGCCCAACGUGUCUGCUGCCGACAUGGUGACCGCCACCCAGAUCGUCCGCUGGCUCAGCAAGCAGCAGAACCUCUACGUGGGCUUCGACUCCACGCAGGACACGGUGGUGGCCCUGCAGGCCCUGGCCAAAUACGCAGCCCUGACGUACAGCGCGAGCAGGGCUGUGUCGGUGACGGUGAGCUCCCAGGCCAGGGCCCAGCAGCAAUUCCAUGUGGAAAACGCUAACCGGCUUGUGCUGCAGCACGCAGCCCUGCAGGAGAUCCCCGGGCAGUACACGGUGCGGGCCAGCGGCAAGGGCUGUGUCUUUGUGCAGCUGACUCUGCGCUACAACGUGCCGCCCCCAAAGAGCGCUGUGACCUUUGACCUGCGGGUGGAGACAGAGCCGAAGGAGUGCACCGAGAGCGCCAGAUCCCGCUUCAGCCUCGUGCUGCACGCCCAGUACGGCGGGGAGCGCGCAGCCACCAACAUGGCCAUCAUCGAGGCCAAGCUGCUGUCCGGCUACACCCCCGUCCAGAGCUCCCUGCAGCAGCUGGAGAAGCAGCCUUUGGUGAAGAGGCUGGAGGUGCAGAAUGACCAGGUGAUGCUCUAUCUGGACCAGCUGACGAAGGAGGCGGCGAGUUUCACCUUCUCCCUGGAGCAGGAUUUCCCUGUGAAGAAUCUCAGAGCAGCCCCAGUGAGACUGUACGAUUACUACGAGACAGGUGAACACCCAGAGGCUGAGUACAGCGCCCCAUGCGGUUCAGCCCCUGAUGUCGAUACGAUGGAAAAUUCCCACUGA